GAUGAAGGACGACUAUCACCACGCAAUCCCAGUACACGGUUAUGGAGGAAAUGAACUUGGCGAAGUUAUUAAACGUGAAGAAGAUGCCUAUAGUUAUGCCACGCCCACUCCCCACCCCACGCACCACUACAGAAGCGAGGCAUUUGCGAAGGUACCCGUCAUGACUUCCCUGGAGGCCGACCACCACGCGGCUGCCAAGUCCCACUACGACCACAUCGACUCCACCGGCACCCCGCACCCGUACGAGGCCCCCAAAAUGUACGACAACAAACUCUACGACACAGCCAAGGCAUACGACAAGCUUUACUCCGGGAAGGAUUACGAAAAGGCACCACUGGAUCACCACAUGGACACGACUGUCUACGAGCCUCACGAAGUCAAGUCCUACGACAAACUGUAUUCCUCCAAGGCUCACCUGGAGCAUCAGAUAGACGACGGCCCUUACGACAAGUGCUACGAGAAGACCUACAAAACCUUGGAGACCUUAGAUUCGGCGUCGUACGAUAGGGCUUACGAGUCUACAAAAGUUGUAGAAACAAAUGACUCCACAGCCUUCGACAAAACGUACGAGAAAGUAACGCCUCUCGAUACAACUCCAUCGCUCAGCGAGCCGGCAGAGAAAAAUCUAAGUCACGGCUCAAGCGGAAACAAGAAGGAUGAGAGCAGCAAAGAGACCGUGGACACUGACCCCAACAAGAAGCCUCCCUACUCCUACGUGGCCCUCAUCGCCAUGGCCAUCAAGGAGAGCGCCGAGAGAAAGCUACAGCUAAGCGAAAUCUACCAGUGGAUCGCCACCAAGUUCCCGUUCUACGCGCAGCAGAACGCCAAGGAGAAGCAGGGCUGGAAGAACUCGAUCCGCCAUAACCUGAGCCUCAACGAAUGCUUCGUGAAGAUUCCCCGGGAAGGAGGCGGAGGCGGAGGGAAGGGAAAUUUCUGGACCUUAGACCCCAACCACGAAGACAUGUUCGAGCACGGCAAUUACAAGCGGCGUCGGAGGAUGAAGCGACCCAACAUGUACCGCCACGCUUACACCUACCCCGACGCUUACCUGGGUCUGUCUUCCAGGGCCUUCUUUCCCACCUCUCCAAGUGGAGGCUGGGGGUUGAGCCAGAUGCAAGGAGGAAGUGGGCUGGGGGGAUACAGCCAGAGCCCGCGUGCUCACACCCCUCACUCCUAUUCCUAUCCUCAAAUGAACCAAUUACAGGGAGGAAUGCAGCUUAGUAGCGGCUACCAGCAGCUUGGAGGGUCUCUGGGCACCGCAGCGCUCAGUUCAGCUCCCCUCUCCUCAGGAGCGCUGGGUUCAGGCUUACCAAGUCAUCUGAGUGGAGGCUUCCUGGGCGGCACUUCGCCCUCCAUCUCCUCGCCGGGCUCCACCAACACCGGCCUGGGACCUGCGCCCCUCUGGAGCUCAGGAACCGGGUCCGCCCUCUCCUCGGGGCUCGGGGCCAGCGGCUUCCUGGGGUCCAGCAGCAGCCUGGGGUCGCCCUCGGCGGCUCCUCUCCAGCCCUCUUUCGGCGGCGGAAGCGGAGGCAGCUACGGCUCCGGGCUGAGCGCGUGCCGCCGCCAGGGAGAGACCCCCACCUCAACGCAGUUGGCGCCGCUCUCCUACUACCCCUACUGGACUGAUUCGAAAAUAUAGAUGGCAAAGAGUUGCUGGAUGUGGGUGUACAAUGGGUGAAUGCCUUUAAAAAAGCAGGAUGUGGCGACGCCGUCUACUUUCGAGGUAGCAUAGAAUGAAAGCUGCAUCCAAAACGGACCGCAAUCGUCAUUGGAAAAACUGUUAUAAGGUGCUCGCGUGAGAUUUGUUUUUCGGCUCCUUACAAGCAAAACAUUUCUCGCACUCUCCUGUGAUCCGUGCAGUGUCUGUCGUAGAGUGACAGCAACAUGAAUGGUAGUUAGAAUCUAACAUAUAUAUUAGCAUUUAUACAGACUUCUGACAGUGUUACCUAAGUAUGUUUCAGAAUCUUUUGGUUCGAUUGUUAGCUGAAAAUCUCAAGAAAUGUAAAUUCAGAAAACAGAAAGGACACAAAAAAUCGAACAUACUGGAACAUAAGGUACUUGAAAUAGAUACAAUUUGUUCGAUGCAGUGCCUACUUUGAACAGAAUAGUAUGUGAUCAAUUUCACCGUUCAGUACCAUAAAUUCAUGUGCCUAACAGUGCCUGUGAACACACAUAACGUAUUUAAGUGCUUCGAGUCAUGUGUAUAAAAUUACACUCUCUUUGUGCAGUGUCACCAAGUGUUUCAGAAUAAGGGAAUAUGGUAGAAUAAUUUUUAUAUCUAUUUUAUAUUCAGUUUUGUGGAUAUGGAAAAGAGCUGGUGAAGCAUUUGAUGUUUUUUUCUUUACUGUUCAUGCUUGAGAGAAAGGUUGUACCUGCGAGGGCUCGAACCCUCACUCCCCCGUUCUCCUUGUU